CGCAGAGGCGGGGACGUGAUAAUUAGCUCCUCGCAUGCAGCUUAUUACACAAAUGAUGACGGAGGUGGGUUCAAGAACCUGAGCCUUGUGAGUGGCAAACCAAUACAGGCCUGGAUAGAAUACAAUCACUUGGAAGGACUGCUUAAUGUAUCGUUGGCACCUAUUGAUGUAGCCAAACCAGGCGUUCCAUGCUUGUCUUCAAAUGUAACUCUCUCUUCCUUGAUCUCAGACUAUAUGUAUGUCGAAUUUUCUUCUUCGGUAGGACCAUUUAUAACAUCUCAUUACAUUCUGGGCUGGAGCUUUAAGUUGAAUGGAAGGGCUCAAGCACUCGAUCUCUCACGUCUUCCAUCCCUCCCCCGCACAGGGUCUAAAUCGAGCUUAGAGUCUUGGAAGAUUGGGUUGCCGAUAAUCUUGGCAAUACUCUUGUUGUUAAUAAUCGUAAUUGGCAUAAUCCUUCUUGUGAAUAGUAGGAUUAAAUUCAGAGAGGUGUUUGAAGAUUGGGAGGUAGAAUAUGGACCCCAGAGGUUCUGCUACAAGGACCUAUUCUUGGCCACCAAAGGCUUCAGAGACCAACAUCUCUUGGGAGCUGGAGGUUUUGGUAAGGUCUACAGUGGUGUGCUGCCAAACACUGGCAUCCAAGUUGCAGUUAAGCAGGUCUCGCACGAAUCAAGACAAGGUAUGAGAGAGUUCAUCGCAGAGAUUGUUAGCAUCGGCCGCUUGCGUCACCGGAACUUGGUACAGCUCCUUGGUUAUUGCAGGAGAAAAAGGGAGCUCUUGUUGGUCUAUGAAUUCAUGUCCAAUUCUAGUUUGGACAAGCACCUAUUUAACCAACCUAAGCCGAUGCUUAGCUGGGGACAAAGAUUCCAAAUAAUCAAAGGUGUAGCUUCCGCGCUUUAUUAUUUGCACGAAGGAUGGGAGAAGGUGGUUGUUCACAGAGAUAUCAAGGCCAGCAACAUCCUGCUAGAUGAUCAGAUGAAUGGAAGACUAGGUGAUUUUGGCCUGGCAAGACUCUAUGAUCACGGAAACGAUCCCCAGACUACACAUGUAGUUGGAACUUUGGGUUACCUUGCGCCGGAGCUCGCCAAGACUGGCAAGGCAACUACAAGCACAGAUGUGUUUGCCUUUGGUGGAUUUUUGCUUGAGGUGGCUUGUGGAAGAAGGCCAAUAGAGAUAAGAGCAUCAGAACAAGACAUUGUGUUGGUAGAUAAAGUUCUGGAGUGCUGGAAGGCAGGGACUAUUUUGGAGGCAAGGGAUCUUAAAUUGGAGAAUGAAUAUAUUGCUGAAGAGAUGGAGAUGGUGCUAAAGCUUGGCCUCCUUUGCUCACACCCUAACUUCAGUUCUAGGCCUCCUAUGCGGCUGGUGAUCCGAAUACUGGAACGCGAGGCUCCCCUUCCUGAGAUGUCUGAAGAUGGUUGGAAUGCCGAGAUUUCAGGUUUGGGGAAGGAAGGCUUUGAUGAUAUUGGCAUGUCAGAUAGUUCACUGUUAACCAUGUCUGCCUGCUCAGCAUCAGCAAUGGGAUCUACUCUCUUGACAGGCCGUUGAUAGUGGUAAAUGUUUGUAAAAGUAAUGCUUAAAGUAUAUCUAGCUUCAUGCUAUGAAUGGUACAAAUGCUUUUUAUUGCA